UUUUUUGUUUACAUUUUACACAAGUUUUCAAAAGCCUUUAUUUUGAUUUACUUUCUAAUUUACUGUUUUUUACUUUUACCAGUAUUUAAGUAUUAAAUUUUAAUAUGCAAUCAUUGGAAGAACUUCAGAAUAUUAUCAAGAAACAAGAUAACGCGAAGAACUUUGUGAACUGCUCCAAUGUGCCUAAAAUAUGUAAAAAAGAACCAUGCAUGCUGGGAGUCGAUGAAGCUGGUCGUGGUCCAGUUUUAGGUCCCAUGGUCUAUGGAGUAGCAUAUUGUCCAGUUAACCAAAAGAGUGUAUUGGAAGCACUUGGGUGUGCUGACUCUAAGGCCUUGACUGAAGAGAAACGAGAUGACAUAUUCUCUAAAAUGUUGACUGAGGAAGACUCCCUAAACAAUGUUGGAUGGGCAGCAGACAUUAUAUCUCCAAAUUACAUCUCCAAUUCUAUGUACAAAAGAGCAAAACAUUCCUUGAAUGAGGUAUCAAUGAAUUCUGCUAUUGAGCUCAUAAAGCAAGUAGCUGACGCAGGUGCAAAUAUCACUGAAGUUUAUGUGGAUACUGUAGGACCUCCUGAGAAAUAUCAAGCAAAGCUCAGUGAAAUAUUUCCCAAGUACAAAAUAACAGUGGCAAAGAAAGCCGAUUCAAUAUACCCAAUUGUGUCUGCAGCUAGUAUUGUUGCCAAAGUGACGAGGGACCAUGCGCUGAAAGUGUGGCAGUUUCAAGAGGGACUCGAAAUGGACCAUAAAGAAUUUGGCAGUGGCUAUCCUGGAGAUCCACUGACUAAAAAAUUCAUCCGUGAACAAAUAGACAAUGUCUUUGGCUAUCCCCUCUUAGUGAGGUUCAGUUGGUCCACGGCUGAACUGAUGCUCCAAGAGAAAGCGGCUUCAUGUACCUUUGAGGAGGUGGAUGAUGAUGACUCUGCAAAGAAAAAUACUAAAUCAAUAAGUUCCUUUUUUGUGGCUAAAUCUGAAAAUGGCACUAAGAAGAGAAAGAAGCACAGGUUUUUUGAAGAAAGACAUUUAACUUUUGGUAAUGCAUUUGAAUGAUUAAUGUUAGAGUUAUUUGAAACAAGUUUUAAUAAAUGCGAGAUUAUUUUAA